AUGUCAGAGAAAGGUGGCAAGCCUCAUCUAGGCCUAGGCCCAGCCGAUGAGACAUUGAAAGAUAUUGGCGAAGGCACCACCUCGAUCCGAGGUCUGGCUUACAGCGAAGACAAGAGGAUUCUCCGAAGGAUCGAUUUAUGUCUUUUACCAGUAAUGGCCAUGUCGUACCUUUUCCAAUUUCUUGACAAAUCUGCUCUUAGCUACACGGCUAUCAUGGGCUUGCGGGAUGACUUGCAUCUAAAUGGGUCCGAGUACUCUUGGGCAAGUAGUAUCUACUACUUUGGUUACCUUAUUGCUUCGUACCCUGCAGGAGUCAUGAUGGUCAGACUUCCUGUCGGCAAGAUGAUUGCGGUCUCGGUUCUUGCUUGGGGAAUUAUUCUCAUGUUCACUGCGCUUUGCUCCAACGCUGGUGGUUUAUUGGCAAACAGAAUCAUGCUGGGUGUUUCCGAGGCCGCCAUCGCGCCGGGCCUCAGUAUCGUUAUCUCCAUGUGGUACAAACGCUCAGAGCAGCCUCUACGACAUGGCGCCUGGUUCCUUGGCAACACUGUUGCCGGCAUCUUCGGGGGAGUCGUUGCCUAUGCUAUCGGUCACGUUGAUAGUAUAGCUCCAUGGAAGGCCGUCUUUCUUAUCUUUGGCGGAAUCACUACAGCCUGGUCAUUUGCAAUUUUUUUCCUCUUACCUGACACGCCGAUGAAGGCUCGAUUUCUCAGCGAAGCUGAUCGUAUCAAGGCCAUUGAGCGUGUCGAGGAAAACAUGACGGGAAUCAAAAGUGACAUGUUCAAGUUGUAUCAGUGCGUGGAGGCCUUGACCGACAUCAAAGCUUGGCUACUCUUCGGCAUUCAGAUCAGCGCCCAGAUUGCCAAUGGUGGCGUCCAUGGGUUCGGAUCCAUCGUUAUCAAAGGAAUGGGCUUCAGCACUCUCAACACCCUCCUUGUGCAGAUGCUGGGGUCGGUCUUUCAGCUCAUAUUUGUCUUGAUGGCCACUGGAGGAAGCACCUACUUCCGCAAUAGUCGCACCUAUUGGAUGGCACUAAACCUUGCCAUCUCUAUCGCUGGUGCUGCCAUGGUUCGCCAGAUACAAUCAGAACUCAAGUGGGCACGGUUUAUGGGGUACUGCCUGACGAUCGCGUACAGUGCCAAUUUCCCCAUGAUCCUGUCCAUGUCUUCUGGAAACUUUGGCGGAUUCACCAAGAAGACUACAGUGAAUGCGAUGAUUUUCAUCGCCUACUGUGCUGGUAACAUCAUCGGUCCGCAACUAUUCUUCGAGUGGGAAGCACCGUCUUACAGCUCUGGUUUCUUAGCCAUGUUGAUAUGUUAUAGUCUUGGAGUCCUGAUGUGCUUCGUCCUUCGUUACUAUCUAGUGUGGGAAAAUAAGCGACGCGACAGCAUUGGAGGGGAGCUUGACGCAGGCGUUGGAAAUGAUGUGUCUCUGAACCUACUUGAUAGAACGGACAAAGAAAUUCCCCAGUUUAGAUAUGUCUACUGA